AUGGCGUCUUUACGAACACGAACGAAUUUGUCUGAACAGUGUCACUUCUGCUCGCUUGAAUUGAAAAAGAUUCGCGAUACAAAAAGAAGUCAAAUGCUGUCGAACAACCGGUUGAUAGUCGUAUGCGAUACGGAAAGCCCCCGCCUCUCUCCGCGCAGUUAUUUGAGUAAUUUAACCGAACUCUACCAAAUUGUUAAUCACGAGAAUUUAACACCUUUUGAAUUGGAUUUUGUGUUAGACAAAGUCCUCCAAGUGUCUUCGCGACGGGAUCACCCGCCUAUGACUGAGAUCUUCAUGUCAGGGUUAAUCAACAAAUUUUUUAAUCUUGGGAGUAAUAUGGAAUUGCCACAGAAGAAAGUCUUCUUACAAAUCCUAGAAAACAUUACAGCGGCGGAUGCUAUCUACCACAAGGAGUUGCAAAAGAAUGGGAUAGUCCAAUUUAUCACACAAUGCGCAAAAGAAAAGGAACUCAUCCCCGACACAUGCGGGUGCAUUUGUAACCUUUGUUUGGACUCCCCGGAGAUCUUGAGUAUCGUCAUGAAGAGUAAAUUAUUGAACACUAUGAUCGCAAUGUACGAGAACAUAGUAGACAUCCCUUAUACAUUAAUAUGGGAUAUCAGAGUGAUCGUACAAAGUAUUCGCGAGACUUCUAUAUUGUCCGAUUUUGUAAUGCUUGCCAUGAAUCUGUUGGAUAACUCCGACGAGUCAUUUAAGUAUAAAGAUGUUAUGUAUAUAAUAAUUGGAGAGAUUUGUAUGAAGGACGUCUCUUUGUUACAGCCAUUUCUCAAGAAGAUAGUGAAUAUGAUAGUACUUGCGUGUCAAAAAGACUCUUCGUAUUGUACUGUAGCACUUCGGACGUUGGAAGUGAUCACGUUAAAAACAGAGAUACCCAACAGUGUGUCUGAAUGUAUUCGUAUUCUUCAAAUUGAACAUUACAGUACCGAUUUGACGGUCAAAGAGUUUCUCUUAAAAUGUGCAGUGAACAUGAUAAACAUGGCGAGGACUACUGAGUUGCCUUUAACUCUUGUCUCACAGAAUUUUUUCUAUAGUUACAUGCCAAGAAUAGAACAAUCACACCAUGAAAAGGAAAAAUUGUUGUUAUUAGAAGUUGUGAUAUUGUGCGCUUUGGCAUUCAAAUGUGAGGAAGAGUGCUUUUUGGACGUCAACAUCUUACAAUUCAUCGCACUUGUCCCGAUGAAUAACACUCGUCUUGUUGUCUUGUCACUGGUCUUACUCCAAAAAGUGGUGAGUCGCAACGUCGACAUCGAAUCUUAUGUCGACGAAAAACUUAGAAUGUGGUUCGAUAAAGUUCUUGUGUCAAAACAGAACAACACGGUCUCUGAUAUGGCGAAAGCACUUGCUAUGCACAUAUUUAUUGAAGACCAAAUGGCGCUGUGA